AUGGCCAUCACUGACCGCCUCACCUCUCACGGCUUCUUCUCCACCGCUGUUUCUCUCCUUGAAUCGUCCAACGAACUGUCAGACUUCAUGCUGGUUAGAGCGAAUCGAAUUGGUUUGGUCUGGGCUUUCUACGAUCAGAUUAUUGAGGAAGAUGUGGUUGAGCCUGAUGUUUCUACUUAUACGACGAUGAUUAAGGGUUUUUGUAAAAUGGGUAUGGUUGAUGAUGCAAAGGAGGUGUUCGACGAAAUGGUAUGUGCGCCGAAUUUGGUUACUUACGACACUAUUGUCAAUGGGUUGCGUAAGAAAGGAAAACCAAAUGAAGCUGUCAAACAUCUCAAGGAAAUGGUUAGUCUAGGAAUAAGACUCGAUGUACAAGCAUAUGGAUUUGUUGUAAAUGGAUAUUGCAAAUUGGGGAAACCAAAUGAAUCUAUUCCUCUUCUAAGUGAAAUGAGGAUGAGAGAGCUAAAGGGGUGGGUGCAAGAAGCUGAAGAGCUUGUGGGUGGCAUGCUUAGAGAUGGUCAUUUUAUUGAUGCCACAAUGUACAGUUGCGUAGUUAACGGAUAUUGUGAUAGUGGAGAUGAUGAAAUGGCAAUGCGGGUUUUCAAGGAAAUGAUUGGUAAGGGCUUUGUGAUUAAUCUUACAAGCUUUUCAAAUUUUGUCCAGGAGUUGUGUAUAAAGGGAAAGCUGUUCGAGGUUGAGAAAUUAUUUGAGAUGUCUUAG